ACAAAGAAAGUUGUCGCAGCGGUGUUAGCGGCUUAGUUUAAUGUGGCUGUUAUGUACAGUUCAAAAUAUGUCGAUAAACUAAAUGUACAUACGAUAGACGUUGUCAAACGCUUCGGUUGGAUGAAUUAAUUGAUGUAUUAAUUUUCCAGAGAGCAUUUUACCCUUUCUGCUCUGGGCUAACACACUACAGAGUUAAGCUAACAUUAGCCAAGCUGUCAAGUAGCCAGUCUACACAGCUCUACAGCACUUUCUUGCUAGCUAACUAGCUAGCAAUAGAUUUGAACGAGGACAACAAAGAAAACGUCGCAAAUACUGUGCCGUUUGUGAAUAUACUUUGUCUUAAAGUCGCAUUAUGAAGUGUAUAGCUCUAUUUUAAUAGUAAGCUACCAGUAGUUUGUCCGUUUUUAGAUUAUGUCAGUUAUAUUGAUUGUACUGUAACGUUAGCUAACUCACGUCCACUGACUCAAGCUAGACAACCAGGUGGCUAUUUAAUCAAGGAGUAACACUGAGGAUCCGAGAUCGUGUUAUCCAAUCAAACAUGGACAAGAAAUCAUUCGACAUCGUCUUAGACGAAAUCAGGAAGUGCGUGCUAACAGAUCAGCGGAUUAAGGCGAUAGAGCAGGUGCACGGGUACUUCUCCAGCGAGCAGGUGAUGGACAUGCUGAAGUACUUCUCCUGGGCAGAGCCUCAGAUCAAAGCUGUCAAAGCUCUUCAACAUAAAAUGGUUGCCAUCCCCACUACCAAAGUGGCCAACAUCCUCAACUGUUUUACCUUCUCUAAGGACCGACUGGUGGUUCUGGAGCUCAUCGCUCUGAACAUCUCUGAUGCCCAGAACUACCGUCCCGUAGAGGACCUGUUCCGUAUUCACCUGUCUGAGAAGAAACGAGCCCGUAGGAUCCUAGAGCAGGUGUGUAAGGUGGGCUGCAAGGCUCCAGUAGCCAUGAUCUCUUCAUGUGGGAUGAUCCCAGGGAACCCUUACCCUAAAGGCAAGCCCAGCCAGACCACUGGCACCUUCCCUGGAACUCCUGCAAAGAAGGAGGGAGAGGAGACCCCUGCCAACACAGAGGGGAAAGGCAUCGCAGCCCGCAUCAUUGGACCAUUCAAACCAUCUCCGUCGUCCUACAACCCUCAGCGGCCUGUGCCCUACCCCAUUCCCCCCUGCAGACCUCACGCCACCAUCGCACCGAGUAGGUACAACAACGCAGGGCUGGUAUCAGUGGGCGGGGUCAUAACGACCAGCGUUCCCCCCCCACCCUACAGCGCCAGCACCAAGCCCACAGGCUACGCCAGACCUGCCAAUCAGCAACAGCAUCCCGUCACAGGUGUCAACUCCACAGCCCUCCCAUCUCCCCUCGGCUCCCCCACAGUCCCUCCCGCGCCCUCCCCCUCUCACCCCACUCCCACCACCCCCAUCACCCCUGUUUUCCCUGGCAAGGUCCCCUCCCAGAACCCUCUAGCCCCCUCUCCCUCCCCCGCCCCCUCUCCCUCUGUCAUCAAAGGGGGUCCCCUCCCAUCCGGUUCCCCCCAUCUGCCCCCCACCACCCCAUCCGUCAUUAAGGCCCACACCCCCUCAGCUACCCCCUGUGGCACCCCCGGUCCCCACCACCCAGGGGCGUUCCCCCCCUCUCCCUUCCAUGCCGGUGCCUCUCGGUCAGACACCCCUACCCCAAGGACCCCCCUCCCUGAGGGCACCUCCAUGGGCCUUCCUCAGUACAACCCCCAGACAGGCCCUGCCUUCCCUGGCUUGCCCUCAUACCAGACCACCUCGUCUGGGUCGGUGAUCCGCAGCUAUCCCUCCGCCUCGGCCCCCAGCCCCAAGCCCUCCCCGGCCCUUUCCGGCCAGGCCCAAGCGUCCUUCUACAGCGAGCAGCACCGCGGCCCACUGGCUAGAACAGGAGGAGGGACAGGCAGUGGCAGUAACAGCCCAGUCCCCUCUGCCUUUAAAGGCCCUUCCCGUGCGGGGACUCCCUCCCUCAGCUCUCUGGUGAUGCCUGGUGGAUCAGCGGCCUUAGCCCGCUCCCUGGGUCUGUCCCACCCCUCUGCUUCCCCUCAGGGAUCACUACCCAGCCCUGCUGCUAUGGCCAGCCUCCAGGCCCUCUCCUCCAGCCCAGCUCCCCCUCACUACCCCGGCCUCUCCCCCUUCCCCUCCUCCCUGUCCUCCUCUUCACCCUUCCCUCCCUCCUCCUCCCUGUCCUCCAUGACCUCCACCUCCCACCCCCAGACCUCCAUGGCCUACCCAGGCCUGUCUCACAGCGUAGCCUCAAGCGGAGCCUCUCCCUUUGGGAUGGGUCUGACCACCACCCCAUCCAUCUUCCCGGGGCUGGUUCCAGGGCCCAGUCCGGGGGGGUUCCCAGGAUUUGGAGGUUCAGGAGGACCGGGGGCGGGGAGCCCCGUCCUGUCGUCCUUCAUGGGUGCCGGGGUGUCCGUAGCAACCGUAGCCCCUCUCCAUUCGGCGGCGGCCGUGGCAGCAGGAGUUCCGUCCUCCUCUCCCGUUCUGCCUGGCUUUGCCUCUGCCUUCAGCUCCAACUUCCAGCCUGGGCUGUCUAGUGGCCUCCAGCCUCCAGGUGGCGCUGCGUUUCCUGGACUAUUGUCUUUCCCCGGCAUGCCAGGCUUCUCCCCCUCCCCCAGCCAACUACACAACCCUGCCAUGCAGUCAGCCCUGCUACAGGCCCACUCUGCGUCUGUAUUGGAGGGUUAUACCACCUACCCCCCUGGACCUGGUAACCCGUUCCAGCCUGGCUUACACCCAUCCCAGCUGGGCUGGCAGUGACCGGAACAUUCUCUCUCUCUCUCGCUCUCUCACUUACUCACAAAAUACACACACACACACAAGCAUGCAAAACACAUGCGCACACACCCGCUCUCGCACUCAGUCGGUGUGGACUUGGGGUUAACUUGUAUCCCUGUACUCACUACAACUUGCCAAGACUGUUGAUCGAGAAAAGAGACUUCUUUUGUUUCAACUUUCACACUCCGUCAAUAUGAACUGAAAUAAGAGGAAGUAGAGAAAGCCUUCUAAGAGAAGUAGAGAAAGAGGAAGUAGAAAGCCUUCUAAGAGAAGUAGAGAAAGAGGAAGUAGAAAGCCUUCUAAGAGAAGUAGAGAAAGAGGAACCAAUUUGUAAGUCGCUCUGGAUAAGAGCGUCUGCUAAAUGACUUAAAUGUAAAUGUAAAUGAAGUAGAACGCCUUCUAAGAUUUGAGGACCAAUUACACAACAGACAAAGAAUUGAAUUGAAAAGGGUUUAUUGAAAGCUUUGUUGUCACUGUAAACAGGGUGGACAAUGAUUUACCCCUUCCAGAGGAUCGUGACUGAGACAAACUUCCUCACAGAGAGAGGAAAGGUCUAUUUUAGCUUCAUCUCUCUUUCUGUCAAGACGACGUCUGACUAGAUCUAUCUGAUGUUCUAUCUGUCUGAUGUGCUAUCUGUCUCACUGUAGAUCUAUCUGACUGUAGAUCUAUCUGAUGUUCUAUCUGUCUGACUGUAGAUCUAUCUGAUGUUCUAUCUGUCUGACUGUAGAUCUAUCUGAUGUUCUAUCUGUCUGACUGUAGAUCUAUCUGAUUUUCUGUCUGUCUGACUGUAGAUCUAUCUGAUGUUCUACCUGUCUGACUGUAGAUCUAUUUGACUGUAGAUCUAUCUGAUGUUCUAUCUGUCUGACUGUAGAUCUAUUUGACUGUAGAUCUAUCUGAUGUUCUAUCUGUCUGACUGUAGAUCUAUCUGAUGUUCUAUCUGUCUGACUGUAGAUCUAUUUGACUGUAGAUCUAUCUGAUGUUCUAUCUGUCUGACUCUAGAUCUAUUUGACUGUAGAUCUAUCUGAUGUUCUAUCUGUCUGACUGUAGAUCUAUCUGAUGUUCUAUCUGUCUGACUGUAGAUCUAUCUGAUUUUCUGUCUGUCUGACUGUAGAUCUAUCUGAUGUUCUAUCUGUCUGACUGUAGAUCUAUUUGACUGUAGAUCUAUCUGAUGUUCUAUCUGUCUGACUGUAGAUCUAUCUGAUGUUCUAUUUGUCUGACUGUAGAUCUAUUUGACUGUAGAUCUAUCUGAUGUUCUAUCUGUCUGACUGUAGAUCUAUCUGAUGUUCUAUCUGUCUGACUGUAGAUCUAUCUGAUGUUCUAUCUGUCUGACUGUAGAUCUAUUUGACUGUACAUCUAUCUGAUGUUCUAUCUGUCUGACUGUAGAUCUAUCUGAUGUUCUACCUGUCUGACUGUAUAUCUAUUUGACUGUACAUCUAUCUGAUGUUCUAUCUGUCUGACUGGAGAUCUAUUUGACUGUAGAUCUAUCUGAUGUUCUAUCUGUCUGACUGUAGAUCUAUUUGAUGUUCUAUCUGUCUGACUGGAGAUCUAUUUGACUGUAGAUCUAUCUGAUGUUCUAUCUGUCUGACUGUAGAUCUAUCUGAUGUUCUAUCUGUCUGACUGUAGAUCUAUCUGAUGUUCUAUCUGUCUGACUGUAGAUUUAUUUGACUGUACAUCUAGCUGAUGUUAUAUCUGUCUGACUGUAGAUCUAUUUGACUGUAGAUCUAUCUGAUGUUCUAUCUGUCUGAUGUUCUAUCUGUCUGACUGUAGAUCUAUCUGAUGUUCUAUCUGUCUGACUGUAGAUCUAUCUGAUGUUCUAUCUGUCUGACUGUAGAUCUAUCUGAUGUUCUAUCUGUCUGACUGUAGAUCUAUCUGAUGUUCUAUCUAUCUGAUGUUCUAUCUAUCUGAUGUUCUAUCUAUCUGACUGUAGAUCUAUCUGAUGUUCUAUCUGUCUGAUGUUCUAUCUGUCUGACUGUAGAUCUAUCUGACUGUAGAUCUAUCUGAUGUUCUAUCUAUCUGACUGUAGAUCUAUUUGACUGUAGAUCUAUCUGAGGUUCUAUCUGUCUGACUGUAGAUCUAUCUGAUGUUCUACCUGUCUGACUGUAGAUCUAUUUGACUGUACAUCUAUCUGAUGUUAUAUCUGUCUGACUGUAGAUCUAUUUGACUGUAGAUCUAUCUGAUGUUCUAUCUGUCUGACUGUAGAUCUAUCUGAUGUUCUAUCUGUCUGACUGUAGAUCUAUUUGACUGUAGAUCUAUCUGAUGCUCUAUCUGUGUCAUUGUAAACAGAGUGACAAUGGUUUAUGAUUUUAUAACUGGUGCUGUGUUUCAAAUAGUACCCUAUUCCCUAUAUAGUCCACUAUUCCCUAUAUAGUCCACUAUUCCCUAUAUAGUCUACUAUUAUUAUAUAGUCCACUAUUCCCUAUAUAGUCCACUAUUAUUAUAUAGUCCACUAUUCCCUAUAUAGUCCACUAUUAUAUAGUACCCUAUUAUUAUAUAGUCCACUAUUAUUAUAUAGUCCACUAUUCCCUAUAUAGUCCACUAUAUAGGGACUAGGGUGCCGUUAGUCUGGGUAUUGUAUUUAACAAUGGCUACUCCAGUCAUGCUGACUCAUCAGGACUAUACUAGAUGUUAAACGCUUCAUGUGAUGAACAUUAUGCAUUGUGUUUAGAUGACCAGGAUACCAGGUGAAGCAUUGUGUUUAGAUGACCAGGAUACCAGGUGAAACAUUGUGUUUAGAUAAACAGGAUACCAGGUGAAACAUUGUGUUUAGAUGACCAGGAUACCAGGUGAAACAUUGUGUUUAGAUGACCAGGAUACCAGGUGAAACAUUGUGUUUAGAUGACCAGGAUACCAGGUGAAACGUUAUGUUUAGAUGACCAGGAUACCAGGUGAAACAUUGUUUAGAUGACCAGGAUACCAGGUGAAACAUUAUGAUGGCCAGGAUACCAGGUGAAACGUUAUGUUUAGAUGACCAGGAUACCAGGUGAAACGUUAUGAUGGCCAGGAUACCAGGUGAAACAUUGUGUUUAGAUGACCAGGAUACCAGGUGAAACAUUGUGUUUAGAUGACCAGGAUACCAGGUGAAACAUUGUUUAGAUGACCAGGAUACCAGGUGAAACGUUAUGUUUAGAUGACCAGGAUACCAGGUGAAACAUUGUUUAGAUGACCAGGAUACCAGGUGAAACAUUGUGUUUAGAUGACCAGGAUACCAGGUGAAACAUUGUUUAGAUGACCAGGAUACCAGGUGAAACAUUAUGAUGGCCAGGAUACCAGGUGAAACGUUAUGUUUAGAUGACCAGGAUACCAGGUGAAACAUUGUGUUUAGAUGACCAGGAUACCAGGUGAAACAUUGUGUUUAGAUGACCAGGAUACCAGGUGAAACGUUAUGAUGGCCAGGAUACCAGGUGAAACAUUAUGUUUAGAUGACCAGGAUACCAGGUGAAACAUUAUGUUUAGAUGACCAGGAUACCAGGUGAAACAAUGUGUUUAGAUGACCAGGAUACCAGGUGAAACAUUGUGUUUAGAUGACCAGGAUACCAGGUGAAACAUUGUGUUUAGAUGACCAGGAUACCAGGUGAAACAUUGUGUUUAGAUGACCAGGAUACCAGGUGAAACAUUGUGUUUAGAUGACCAGGAUACCAGGUGAAACAUUUCCUUGAAGACUCAAACUGAAUUCUCCCUCUUGCUCUAUGUGCUCAACAUACUUCAGUCUGAGACUGUCAUCAUUGAAGUAGUUUGUGCUGACAAAAUGUAAUCAAGCUACUUGGAUUGUUUUUUUUUAACCAAUCAGAGUAUCAAAGCCAAUGACACGUUUUCAAAACGCCACUUUACCCGCGUGUGUUCUGGCGCCGGUCCAUCGGUUUCUGGACCUAUCAGUACAAUUAGAGUGUUUUUCCAUUCUAGAACUUGUCGGAGAGGGAGUCAGACCCAGACGAUGAGUCUGAGUAGCCAGACAACUAAAGCAUACGUGUUCCAUAUGGAUUAAUACCGGUAUACACACACACACACUCUCUCACUGGACAGUUUAUUAGGUACGCCCAUCUAGUACUGGGUCAGACCUCCCCGCCCCCACUUUGCAUCCAGAACAUCCUGAAUUCUCCGGGGCGUUCUACAAGGUGUCGGAGACGUUCCACAGGGAUGUCGGGGGCAUUCUGACAUGAUGGCAUCACGCUGUUGCUGCGGAUGGGACGGCGACACAUUCAGGCUGCGAACAAGCCUAUUCCAUCUCAUCCUACAGAUGCUCCGUUGGGUUCAAUCAAGUUUAUUUUAUUUUUAUAAAUCAAAUGAAAUCACAGUUAUUUAUAUAGCCCUUCGUACAUCAGCUAAUAUCUCGAAGUGCUGUACAGAAACCCAGCCUAAAACCCCAAACAGCUAGAAUGCAGUUGAAGAAGCACGGUGGCUAGGAAAAACUCCCUAGAAAGGCCAAAACCUAGGAAGAAACCUAGAGAGGAACCAGGCUAUGAGGGGUGGCCAGUCCUCUUCUGGCUGUGCCGGGUGGAGAUUAUGUACAUCUAUCUGAUGUUAUAUCUGGGUUGAGGUCUAGUUCUGCACACCACGGUUGUACUGCGUCGUUAUUUACCCGUUAUGUGGACCGCUUGUUCGCUUGCACGAUUCUUGUCCUCGGACGAGCUGUUUUCACCCACAGGACUGCCGCUGACUGGGUAUUUGUCGAGACGUUUUUCGGGGGAAAAACCCUGGACACUGUCGUGCAUGAAAAGCCCGGUAAAGCGGACGGCCCGACGAUCAUACCACGCUCAAAGGGUCGCUUAGGUUAAUCGUUUUCUGUCCAUUCUAACGUUCAAUCGAACAGUAACUUGAAUGCCUGUCUGCCUGCUUUUAUACAGCACACCACGGUCACGUGACUCAGGAAGGAGCGAACCGUCUUUGUGAACGUCGGUGGUGGACCUAAUAAACGUUCCAGUCAGUGUUUACCUCAUCCCAUUAGUGAGUGCAGGACACAAAUGUUAUUUAUGUGUGUAUUAUACUCAGGCUAUUCGGUUGACCAGGCUGUGCUGUAAGGUCAAAGGUUGACGUGUGCGGACCAUGCUCAGUGAUGAAGUUUCCCCUAGGUACAGAUCUAGGAUCAGUUUCCCCUAGCUACAGAUCUAGGAUCAGUUUCCCCUAGCUACAGAUCUAGGAUCAGUUUCCUCUAGGUACAGAUCUAGGAUCAGUUUCCCCUGGGUACAGAUCUAGGAUCAGUUUCCCCUAGGUACAGAUAUAGGAUCAGUUUCCCCUAGCUACAGAUCUAGUAUCAGUUUCCCCUGGGUACAGAUCUAGUAUCAGUUUCCCCUGGGUACAGAUCUAGGAUCAGUUUCCCCCGGGUACAGAUCUAGGAUCAGUUUCCCCUGGGUACAGAUCUAGGAUCAGCUUCCCCUGGGUACAUAUCUAGGAUCAGUUUCCUCUAGGUACAGAUCUAGGAUCAGCUUUCCCUGGGUACAGAUCUAGGAUCAGUUUCCCCUGGGUACAGAUCUAGGAUCAGCUUCCCCUGGGUACAGAUCUAGGAUCAGCUUCCCCUGGGUACAGAUCUAGGAUCAGCUUCCCCUGGGUACAGAUCUAGGAUCAGCUUCCCCUGGGUACAUAUCUAGGAUCAGUUUCCUCUAGGUACAGAUCUAGGAUCAGUUUCCCCUGGGUACAGAUCUAGGAUCAGUUUCCCCUGGGUACAGAUCUAGGAUCAGCUUCCCCUGGGUACAUAUCUAGGAUCAGUUUCCUCUAGGUACAGAUCUAGGAUCAGCUUCCCCUGGGUACAGAUCUAGGAUCAGUUUCCCCUGGGUACAGAUCUAGGAUCAGCUUCCCCUGGGUACAGAUCUAGGAUCAGCUUCCCCUGGGUACAGAUCUAGGAUCAGCUUCCCCUGGGUACAGAUCUAGGAUCAGUUUCCUCUAGGUACAGAUCUAGGAUCAGUUUCCUCUAGGUACAGAUCUAGGAUCAGUUUCCCCUGGGUACAGAUCUAGGAUCAGUUUCCCCUGGGUACAUAUCUAGGAUCAGUUUCCUCUAGGUACAGAUCUAGGAUCAGCUUCCCCUGGGUACAGAUCUAGGAUCAGUUUCCCCUGGGUACAGAUCUAGGAUCAGCUUCCCCUGGGUACAGAUCUAGGAUCAGCUUCCCCUGGGUACAGAUCUAGGAUCAGCUUCCCCUGGGUACAGAUCUAGGAUCAGUUUCCUCUAGGUACAGAUCUAGGAUCAGUUUCCCCUGGGUACAGAUCUAGGAUCAGUUUCCCCUGGGUACAGAUCUAGGAUCAGCUUCCCCUGGGUACAGAUCUAGGAUCAGCUUCCCCUGGGUACAGAUCUAGGCAGGGGAAACUUCUCCCUGCUCUGUGAAGCUCCUGUGUUUUAACCCCUGUGAUGUCACAAAGGAGGGCGCUGUGAUUCUCUUGGCACUCUACUGUGUGUUUGUAGAUUUUAUUUUUAAGUAACUGAUGUUGAGCCAUUUGCUGGGAUUAUUUUAAAUUCAUUGUGAGACUAUUAGGGUACAUUUGAAAACGGUUUAGUUUGAUGUCACUGUGUGUGUGUGUGUGUGUGUGUGUGUGUGUGUGUACAGAGCCUUCAGAAAGUAUUCACACUCCUUGACUUUUUCCAAAUGUAGUUUUGUUACAGCCUGAAUUUAAAAUGGAUUAAAAGUAGAUUUUGUGCCACUGGCCUCUACACACACACACUACCCCAUCAUGUCAAAGUGGAGUUAUGUUUUUAGACAUUUUUACAAUCUAAUUAAAAAUGUAAAAUCUGAGAUGUCUUGAGUCACUAAGUAAUACACCUCUUUGUUAUGACAAGCCUAAAUAAGUUCAGGAGUAAAAAUGUGUUUAACAAGUCACAUAAUAAGUUGCAUGGACUCACUCUGUGUGUAAUAAUAGUGUUUAACAGGAUUUUUGACUACCUCAUCUCUGUACCCCACACAUACAAUUAUCUCCAAUGCCCCUCAGUCGAGCAGUGAAUUUCAAACACAGAUUCAACCACAGAGACCAGGGAGGUUUUCCAAUGCCUCGCAAAGAAGGGAACCUUUUGGUAGAUGGGUAGAAAUGAAAAAGCAGACAUUCAAUAUCCCUUUCAGCAUGGUGUUAUUAAUUACACUUUGGAUGGUGAAUCAAUACACCCAGUCACUACGAAGAUACAGGUGUCAUUCCUAACUCAGUUGCCGGAGAGGAAGGAAACAGCUCAGGGAUUUCAUCAUGAGGCCAAUGAUGACUUUAAAACAGUUACAGAGUUUAAUGGCUGUGAUGAGAGAACACUGAGGAUGGAUCAACAACAUUGUAGUUACUCCACAAUACUAACCUGAAUGACAGAGUGAAAAGAAGGAAGCCUGUACAGAAUAAAAAUAUUCCAAAACGUGUAUCCUGUUUGCAACAAGGCACUAAAGUAACACUGCCACCAUGGAAUGGAAUGGAGCUAAGCACAGACAAUAUUCUAGAGAAAAACCUGGUUCAGUCUGCUUUCCACCAAACACUGGGAGAUGAAUUCAUCUUUCAGCAGGACAAUAACCUAAAACACAAGGCCAAAUCUACACUGGAGUUGCUGACCAAGAAGAUAUUGAAUGUUCCUGAGUUACAGUUUUGACUUAAAUCGGCUUAAAUCUCUGGCGAGACUUAAAUGGUCGUCAAGCAAUUAUCAGCAACCAAUUUGACAGAGUUUGAAGAAUUUUUAAAAGUGUAAUGGGUAAAUGUUGUACAAUCCAGGUGUGCAAAGCUCUUAGAGACUCACCCAGAAAGAGACUCACAGCUCUUAGACUGACCCAGAACGAGACUCGCAGCUCUUAGAGACUGACCCAGAACGAGACUCGCAGCUCUUAGAGACUGACCCAGAAAGAGACUCGCAGCUCUUAGAGACUGACCCAGAAAGAGACUCGCAGCUCUUAGAGACUGACCCAGAAAGAGACUCACAGCUCUUAGAGACUGACCCAGAAAGAGACUCGCAGCUCUUAGAGACUGACCCCGAACGAGACUCACAGCUCUUAGAGACUGACCCCGAACGAGACUCACAGCUCUUAGAGACUGACCCAGAAAGAGACUCGCAGCUCUUAGAGACUGACCCAGAAAGAGACUCACAGCUCUUAGAGACUGACCCAGAAAGAGACUCACAGCUCUUAGAGACUGACCCAGAAAGACUCACAGCUCUUAGAGACUGACCCAGAAAGACUCACAGCUCUUAGAGACUGACCCAGAAAGAGACUCACAGCUCUUAGAGACUGACCCAGAAAGAGACUCACAGCUCUUAGAGACUUACCCAGAAAGACUCACAGCUGUAAUCACUGCCAAAGGUGACUCUAACAUGUAUUGAAUACUUAUGUAAAUGAGAUAUUUCUAUAUUCUAAAAUAAAUAUGCAAACAUUUCUAAAAACAUUUUUACUUUGUCAUUAUGAGGUAUUGUUUGUAGAUGGGUGAAAAUAUAUAUAUAUUUAAUCCUUUUUUUGAAUUGUGGCUGUUACACAACAAAAUGUGGACUAAAGUCAAGGGGUCUGAAUACUUUGUGAAAACACUAAUACCAGCGAGGUUAUAAUAGAUAGAGAGAGAAUGUCUGUCUGAGUUCGUACAUACUGAUUGAACUUGAAAUCCUGUUGCUAAGUGACACUUUUGUUUGUAAACAUUUUAUUCUAACGUGGACCGAUGGGCAGGAGACUUGGAACUGUCUCUAUGACAACAUGUAUUACGUUGUGUAAAUGUAACCGUAGAAACCUGUUGUGCUGAAGUUAGCCACUCCACACACACCUUCUGUAACUGACUGACCGUCGUGAACGAGAAUGGAAGCAGCAUUAGUGUGUAGAUUAUCUUUCUCUCUGCAGGUAGCCUAGUGGUUAGAGACAGGCAGCCUAGUGGUUAGAGACAGAUAGCCUAGUGGUUGGAGCAGGUAGCCUAGUGGUUAGAGACAGGUAGCCUAGUGGUUAGAGACAGGUAGCCUAGUGGUUCGAGCAGGCAGCCUAGUGGUUAGAGCAGGUAGCCUAGUGGUUAGAGCAGGUAGCCUAGUGGUUAGAGACAGGCAGCCUAGUGGUUAGAGACAGAUAGCCUAGUGGUUGGAGCAGGUAGCCUAGUGGUUAGAGACAGGUAGCCUAGUGGUUAGAGACAGGUAGCCUAGUGGUUAGAGACAGGUAGCCUAGUGGUUAGAGCAGGUAGCCUAGUGGUUAGAGCAGGUAGCCUAGUGGUUAGAGACAGGUAGCCUAGUGGUUAGAGCGUUGGACUAGUAACCGAAAGGUUGCUAGAUCGAAUCCCCGAGCUGACAAGGUAAAAAUCUGCCCCUGAACAAGACAGUUAACCCACUGUUCCUAGGGCGUCAUUGUAAAUAAGAAUUUGUUCUUAACUGACUUACCUAGUUAAAGGUUAAAUAAAAAAAUUGUUGGAAAAUGA